UCUCAUCUUCCAUACUCCAGCCAACGGUUAAACACCCUCUAUCAAUGGAGGCAUCUCCAACACUCAACCUCCAAAAACUUGCACUCCUACCCAAACAAAGCCCAACCCAAGACUUCAAACGCUGGAAUUCAAUUAUCAAACACCACACCAAACUCAAAGAUGACCAAGCAAUACUUAAAACCUACACCCAAAUGGAAGCACAGGGCAUUUAUGCCGACAGUACCAUGUUGCCCCUCGUCCUCAAGGCCUGUGGAAAGCUACAAGCCAUUGAAAAAGGAAAAAAGAUACAUGAUGAGAUACGGGACACAGACUUCGUUAAUGAUGUUAGGGUUCAGACUGCUCUUGUUGAUUUUUACUGCAAAUGUGGGCUGAUUGAUGAUGCCCGUUACGUGUUUGAUGAAAUUACUGAAAGAGAUUUGGUGUGUUGGAAUGCUAUGGUUUGUGGGUUUGUUGGAUGUGGGUGUUAUGAGGAGGGGGUCAGGUUGGUUAGAGAGAUGGAGAGGGAGAAGGUGAGACCCAACUCGGUUACGGUGGUGGCAUUGGUUUCAGCGUUUGGGAAGCUUGGAGAUUUGAUGAGUGGGAAAGAGGCACAUGGGUAUUGUUUGAGGAAUGGGCUUUUUGAUUGGAAUGCUCAUGUGGGUACUGCUUUGGUUGGUUUCUACUCGAGGUUUGAUGUGAAGGUUGCCCGUGAUUUGUUUGAAAUGACGGAUUUGAGGAAUGUUGUGAGUUGGAAUGCAAUGAUUUCUGUGUAUUUUGAUGCAGGGGAGUCCUGGAGAGCGUUGGAGCUUUUUGAGCGGAUGGUAAUGGAUGGGUUUAGGUGUGAUUUUGUUACAAUGUUAAUGGUCAUACAGGCCUGUUCAGAAGUUGGGUCUCUUGAACUUGGGAUGCAAGUCCAUCAAUUGGCAAUUAAAUAUGGCUUUAUCAACGAUUUAUUCAUAGUAAAUGCGUUGUUGAACAUGUACGGUAAGAAUGGAAGUUUGGGUUCUUCACUUGAGCUAUUUGAAUCUGCCCCCACUAAAGAUAUUGCUUUGUGGAAUUCUAUGUUGUGUUUGUAUGCUGAAAUCGGCUCCCUCGAAAAAGCAAUGGCUUUGUUUAUUCGAAUGCGAUUGGAAGGCAUCUUGGAAGAUGAACGUACUAUUGCCAUUUUGUUGUCUUCCUUUGAGGACUUAGAUAAUGGUUUGAGAAAUGGGAGAAGCCUACAUGGUCAUGUACUUAAAAGUGCAAUUGAGAAUAACAAAUGUAUUGGCAAUGCACUUUUAGGUAUGUAUGCAAAGCAAAAUUCCAUUCAAGAUGCCUUUCAGGUUUUUGAUGACGUUGAGGAUUCAGAUGUAGUCUCAUGGAACACUUUGAUCUUGGCAUUGGCCCGUAAUGGGCUUAGGGCUCAAGCGUGGGAACUCUUUGGGAUGAUGCAACAAUGGGACAUCAAUCCUAACACUCACACAAUAAUUUCUAUUAUUGCUGCUUGUGAUGAUGAAUCCUUUUUAAACAUUGGCAGGUCUAUCCAUUGUUAUGUAAUAAAGCAUGAUAUUGAAAUUAACCCAUCACUGAACUCGGCGCUCACAGAGAUGUAUAUGAACUGCAACAAUGAAUUAACAGCUCUGAACUUAUUUGAGAGCUUUCCUGACAAAGAUUUGAUCUCGUGGAAUUCUUUUAUCGCCAGUUACGUGAAAAAUAAUCAACCCCACAAAGCCCUUUUACUUUUCCGUCGUAUGAUCACACAAGUAAACCCCAACUUAGUCACCAUCAUAAAUGUUCUCUCAUCGUGCACUUACAUGGUCAAUCUUCCCGAAGGCAAAUGCUUACAUGCCUACACAAUCCGGAGGAAUUCUUCGUUGGGUUUUGAUUUAUCGCUCGCAAAUGCUUUUUUAUCUAUGUACGCAAGAUGUGGUAGUAUCCAGUAUAGUGAAAGGAUUUUCAAUGGCUUACCAAGGAAAAAUGUUGUCUCCUGGAAUGCCAUGAUUGAUGGCUAUGGUAUGCAUGGGAGGGGGUAUGAGGCUAUGCUUGCAUUCUCGGAAAUGUUAGAAGAUGGUAUGGAACCAAAUGGGAUAACUUUUGUAUCUGCUUUAUCUGCUUGCAGCCAUUCUGGUUUGGUGCCGAAAGGCUUGCAGCUUUUCGACUCCAUGGUUCAGGAUUUCUGCAUAACCCCUGAGCUUGCUCACUAUGGUUGUGUGGUUGAUCUUCUUGGUCGUGCAGGGUGUUUGAGUGAAGCCAGAGAGUUCAUAAGUUCAAUGCCUAUUCCACCAGAUGCAUCUGUUUGGAGGGCUUUGCUCAGUGCUUGUCGAGUUUAUUCUGAAACCAAACUAGCAAAAACGGUUUUUGAAAAGCUCAUUGAAUUAGAACCAACAAAUGCAGGCAAUUAUGUUUUGCUUUCUAAUAUCUAUGCUGCAGCAGGUCUUUGGUCAGAGGUCAGCAAAUUGAGAAUGCAGAUUGAAGAGAAUGGUUUAAAGAAACCUCCUGGAAAAAGUUGGAUCAUUGUUAGAAGUACAGUCCACUCUUUUACUGCUGGAGACAAAUCACACCCUCAGUCAAACAAAAUUCAUGCGGAAUUGGGUUCUUUAUUAUCAUGUAUUAAAAAAGUUGGAUAUGUUCCCGAUCUUCGUUGGGUUUUACAUGAAGAAGAAGAUGAGGAGAAAAUUAAGAGGCUUUUUAGCCACAGUGAGAAGCUUGCUGUUGCAUUUGGACUGAUAAGUGCAAGUGGUGGGACUCCAAUCUCGAUCGCCAAGAACCUAAGAGUUUGUGGGGAUUGCCAUGAAUUUUGCAAAUAUGUCUCUAAACUUGUUGGGAGGGAAAUAGUGCUCAGGGAUUGUAGCCGUUUCCAUCAUUUUGUUAAUGGACAUUGCUCGUGCAAGGAUUACUGGUAAGGUAUGAGGAGCACUUGUAAGUUUUCUGGGUUUUGGAUGUCGGUAUUUGUGGAUGCUUCCAAUGAUGAGAAAACUGCAAGAUUUCGGAUUUUGUUAAAGCACGGAAGGACCAUUGAGUCCAGCCUGGGACAAGGGAAGAAAGCUCUAUGUUUCGGAAGAUUGCAGUGUCACGGUCUUCUGACUCGAAUGUAAAUUAACGAAGUCAGUGACUCGGUGAUUGUUUGAGUGUAUAUACCACCAUAAUAUCGCUAUCGGAAAUGUUGUUCUGCAGCUUCUGCUAUCAUACCUUAUGAGCACCUGUUCUCGAUUGUUGUAGUCAAGUGAGGUAACGUAAGAUAUACACUGGUUUCACCAGAAUAUUUGGGUUGUUCCUUUCAUACAAUGGCUACUACUCCAGUCUCCAGUUACGUUUCAAGUAGUCAAUUUGAUGUUCA